CCUGCAAAUCUAAUAACAUGGAGUCCUGUGCUUGGCGCCUGCAAGGGAGCCAUGCAAAACAUCCCAAAACAGUCUAGAGUGACACCAAAGGAGCAGAUUCGUGCAUGUAAGCAGCCGGGGGCUUGUAGCCAGCAUCGUCUCCGGGGCGUCAAGCUUCUUACUCGGUCUUCAACUAUGACAAGCGUCGCUUAGGCUGCGACUCCUUCCUCUGAAUCCGCAAACCAGGCCGAUUAUCAAAGACAAGGAGGAGUGCACAAUGUAGGCAGGCUGGUCACCAGUGGGACUCCAUACUGUUCUCUGGGUGGGAGGGGCAAUGGAGUCUGAAGAGCAACCCCUUACCCCAGGGACCAGCUAUGUCCCCCCAUCUUUGAACUCUGCACAAAACCCUGUCACCUCAGCCUUACAGCAGUCCUCACGUUCUUCCGAUGUGAGCGACGUCCUGACUUCUGCUAAAGGCUCACAAUGUCACGAUGGAGAUGAGGGUCCCGAGCAGACCGAGGGCUCUGAGCACAGUGAAGACCCAGCGAGGAGUGCACAGAGGAGAUUCAAGUCCUCAGCCUUUCCUUCCUCCUUGAGCUGGGACUCUGACUCGGAGAAAGAAACACUUGAUGAGGAGGAGCUGCAGCAUUUUUCUAACCCUCAUGGUCUGGCUGCUCACAGCCCAGGAUUUCUUUCCUCCGGACCCAGAAUUGAUUGUGAGGAUGACAGAGAACCUGGAAAAUUACAGCACUUAGAGCAUGAGGCUGGGCUGUCUGUCUCUGGGGAGGUGUGCAAAGAAAGUCAAGAAAGCACAAAAAGAGAAGAACCAAAUACAUCUCAUCCUGGCCCAAAAGAGUUAGUAGGUAGCCAUGGCUGUAACAUAUCUGUGGGAGCUGAGGUCAUCCUCUGCAAAUUAAAACCAAAUGACACUUCCCUGAUGGAGGAGGACACAGACAAAAGGGAGGGAAAGAAAAGCCUAGAGGGAGAAGAUAGCAAGGAGCGUGAGAUGGAUGUGUACACCUUCACGGGAGACUCUGACCCUGAGAGUUCCCCACCUGCUCCGUGGACUCACUGUACACUCUUCCAGAGGUGCAGGAAGAAGAAAGUCUUACCCACGCCAUUCUCUGCAACCUUACCACACACAUCUCCUGAGGCCGGUACGCAAGCAAGUGGGAGUCCACAAAGAUCAACAACUACUGAUUUGGCACCACCAAGUCAAAGUGGAGGAUCAUACUCUUUUGAUAAUUUUGGGAAGUCAUUGUUAGAAGAUCCAGUCAUGAUCAGAGAUGCAGAAGAAAAAGUAGAUGAGCACGAAGACUGUUUUGAGCAAGGUACAGAUAUUUUCACCUGUGUCGAAUGUAGCAUAUACUUCAAAAAACAGGUCCACCUGAAGGAGCACAUGAUUGAACACUGUCAAACAGGUGAAGAAGGUUCAGAAUGUUUUCAGUGUACUGAGUGCGGAUGGGACCUGCCUGAUUCUGUCAUACUAGCCGACCACCAAAAACGGCACCAGGAAUCUCGUGUGAAGAUCCUGUCAGAAAUUGAGAAGCUGAAUGAAAAUGAAAAUGCAAAAGAGAGACUACAAACUAAGGUCGUAAAGCAGGAAAGCCUGAAAAAUAUGCGUCCAGUUCCUACUCCAGGCAAAGUGUCAGACACUUGUCCACCUUUAUACCAGGCUCCAAUGUCAACAUCAGAUGAGGGCCAAGUGGCUCUCGAAUCAAACACACCUCAAAGUUCUCCAGGUUCUUUUGGAACCACAUUCCAGCCCCGAGCUGUUUUGUACCGUCGCCGCUUUGUGUGCACCCAAUGUAACUUCAGCACAAGAACCUCCCAGGCGCUUGCUAAUCACACUAAGACACACAUGAGAAAAAAAACAACUUUAGUCUUUAAAUCCAACUCCUCCUCUCCUGAUCCCCCGUCAUGUUCAUCUCUUCUUUGCUCAAGUCAAGUCAUCACAAAGAGACAGAGGAAACAGGCCCACACAGGACCGGACUCCAUCUGUAGGGCACAGGCUGGUUCUGAGUUCAGCCAUUCGUCUUAUGAUUGUCCUUCUAGCGCCACCGUGGAUUCCAACUGUGUCUCUGACUCUAUAUCCCUGCCCAACUCAUGUCAAACCAAAGGGUGUCAAGGAAUUGAGAUCUCAGAGAAUGAUGCGGCAAUCCAGGUAGUCCUCGGAUAUAAUAGGAACAGGAGGGUCAGUAGGAGAGCAAGGUUUGGGUCCAGACCAAAUGAAGAGGAACUUCCAGGGAGUGAGGGGGAACAGGACGAAAACCCAGAGAAUGACCCUGGGAAGGUGGUAGUGAAAGGGCGCACCAGAGCUGGAUCUGACCCAGAUGAGUGUUCAGAGAACCUGAGUGCUGCAUUAUCUCCAGAGAUGAGGAAUAGUUUAAAGGAGAAAAAUGGGCAAGAAGAGGAGAUUGGUAAUCAAGUUUUUGUUUUAAGGAGAAGCAACCGGAUUACAGCUACUAUUGCAGAAAUUGAGAGUGAUGAUGGUGAUGAUGACGACAUUGAUGAUGAGCGUGUGCGGCAUUUCCUGUCUGGGAACAACUUGGAUGACGUCGAAGAUGAGAUUGAUGAGGUCUCCGAGGCUCUGAAGAGCGUGGAGAGGAAAUGCCCCUACUGCCCCGAUCGAUUCCAUAACGGCAUUGGCCUCGCCAAUCACGUGAGGGGGCACCUGAACCGGGUGGGCGUCAGCUACAAUGUGCGCCACUUCAUAUCCCCAGAGGAGGUCAAAGCUAUUGAGAAGCGGUUUUCCUAUCAGAAGAAGAAGAAAAAAGUGGCCAAUUUUGAUCCAUCCACGUUCAGUGUAAUGCACUGCGAGUUCUGUAGCGCUGGCUUUGACACUCGCGCCGGCCUGUCUAGCCAUGCCCGGGCGCACCUCCGAGACUUUGGCAUCACUAACUGGGAUGUUACCAUCUCCCCGAUCCACAUCCUAAGAAAAUUGUUCUCCAGCAGACCGGACCUUGUAAUCCCCACAGCUCCCCCACGGAGCCCUAUCUCUGUUCAGGAAGAGGAAGAAGAAGAAGAAGAGGAAGAUGGGAUCAUUGAGGUCAAGUUGGAGGGGGAGACAGGUGAGAGGAGGAUAGAUGCUGCUUCUCCUGUUUCUCUACCUUCUGCAUCUCCUGGACCUUUGAAUGAGGAGGAGGAUGUAAAUGAAGGUGACGGAGAGGCUGAAGAACACGUUGAGCCUGAAUACUUGGCUGUUGAUGGUCUCAGCUCGAGCCCAAAGAAAACACGGCUGCUGAGUGUAGAUGAGGAUUGCUUAUCUUCAGGGGAGAAUGAAGAACCCAAAGUUCAUGGCUUGAAGUGUGAAUUGUGUGGCGCUCAAUUUGAGACCAGGCUUGAGUUGUCCAGCCAUGCCCGCUCUCACUUGAGGCAGCGGGAAUUCAGUGUUUUUGAGAGCGGUGCUGCAUCCAUUGACCUUCCCUGCCAAACUGCAAAGCAGCGUAACCGAGACAGCCAAAUAAGCUCACCUCACCUGGAGCCUCACUCAGCUAAGAGUUCCUCUCUGUUUGACUCAGAGAACCAUAAGGACAAAGGACAUGAGGAAGGAGAAGACUUGGAUGAGAAACCUAUAUCCCUUUCCAUAUUGACCAAAGCAGUUAAAGCAAUGACGUCCCCUUCCUGCUCUACACCUACUUCUUCUCCUGGUCACUCUCCCAUUCUGGCUCAUGCAUGCUCUCCGUCUUCAGUAGUCAGGAAAGCCCCUAUUUCCUCUUUACUGCCAGCCUCUUCCCCCUUGCGCUCCAUAGAGCACAAGACCGGGGGGAUGAAAAGCUUGACCUCAAACCUCUUAACUUCCACCACCAUUUCACCAUCCAAACCAAUCUGGGCCCCACACGAAAAUGAUGCUCCUCUCAACCUCACCCUUGAGGUGGAGCCCAGCAAGGACAUAGUUUGUCAGCUGUGUGGUGCCUGGUUUGAGACUCGCAAAGGCUUGUCCAGCCAUGCCCGGGCCCACCUGCGGCACUUUGGGGUGGAGUACUCUGAAUCUAAAGGCUCUCCUAUCACCCUCCUGAAUCAGCUCAUGGACUCUGAUGACUUCAAGCACAAAGCCAGUGAAUUCCAGCUUGACACUGAUUCCCGAGGUAUUCCUACCAUGCUGUCCUCCCCAAAGAAGGCAAUGCUCCCUUCUUCCUCUCCAUCCCUACUGUAUAAGGUGACAACAGCGGGAGGCGGGUCGAACUCCAAAGCUACCUCUCCCUCAUCCUUUGGCCCGCCGGCCAAGCGUCUCAAAUCAUCUUCCAUGCAGGUCUUCCGCCUGAGCAGUGGCGAGCUCAUGGCCCUUCCACACAGUGAACCUACAAAGGAAAUAGGCUGUGAAUUCUGUGGGGAAUAUUUUGAGAACCGUAAGGGACUGUCCAGCCAUGCUCGCUCCCACUUGCGUCAAAUGGGUAUUACUGAGUGGUCGGUCAACGGUUCCCCAAUCGACACCCUAAGGGAAAUCAUCUCAAGACGUGGCUUGCCUUGCGCCCGUCCUCUAAAACCUCGCAAAACUCCCCCUCCAUCCUCUUCUGGACACCCUCAAUCCCCUCUCUCGACCUGCUCUUCGCCAUCGGCCCUCCUCAGCCGCCUAACUUUCCCCUGCUCCUCCAGUCCUCCUCAGCCCCCAGGUUCAAAGGCAAACUCAACUCCACCAAUGUCCUCCAGCGGGCUGAUCCUUAAGCUGAAGCCUGAACCAAUGCAGCUGGAGGUCACGACUCCUGAAGCAGUGAAAAGUUUCUCAGCUGAUCCUCUCAGCUCCAGCUGGCGCGUCUCUGACAGUGCGUUACCCCUCAACUUGGCCAUGUCUCGUGAGGUGGAGCCUACAAGAGAUAUUCGCUGUGAGUUCUGUGGGGAGUAUUUUGAGAACCGCAAAGGUCUUUCUAGUCAUGCUCGAUCCCACCUGCGCCAAAUGGGCAUUACUGAGUGGACAGUCAAUGGGUCGCCCAUUGACACCCUAAGGGAUAUUAUGCACAAGAGAGGGUUAAGUGUGUCCUCUCAGUCUGAGCGAGUGAAGAAGGAGGUUGUCAAAAGUCCUUCAUGGGGGAACACAAUCAAAGGUUCAGAGGGUUUGUGUAUCUCUGGCUUCCAGUCAUCCAAACUGUAUAAAUCCCCUCUUAGUAUGCUAUCAUCAGGGUCCAGGCUUUCUAAGCAAGGCCUAAGCUCUGUGGGACCAUUAUCUAUCCCAACCUCACCGAAGAUUGUCAGGAUCUACCCACUAGGAAAACAGUCAGAAGAAGCAGAGCCUAUGGAUACUUCCAAUACUGUACAGCAUCAACGUAAGACUUUUUCACCACUGCCACACGACUUCCCUUUGAGAAAAAAACCUUCCCCUGACAAGUACGUCCGUAAGGAUCCCAGCUGUGAGCUGUGUGGCUUCUACUUUGAGAACCGCAAGGCACUAGCGAGCCAUGCACGAGCCCACCUGAGGCAGUUUGGGGUGACUGAGUGGUGUGUAAACGGAUCCCCCAUUGAGACACUGAGUGCAUGGAUUCACAGCAGGCCACAGAAGGUGUUGGAAAUGCACCGUAGCUACAUGCAGGGUAACCGCCCCACCUCCAAAAGGAAGAGCAGCUCACCUCUCCCUGCAUCGACAGAUUCAGAUCAUAGCUUCCCCUUCUCCUCACAAAAGGCCUCCUCUUCAUCAUCUUCAUCCUUCUCCCAAUGGUCUUCUGCUUUGGCGGUGAACCUGGUGCGCCCGCUGAGCCGUGAUCUAAGCCAGCGCUCUGUCAAGGCUUCACAGGAUGAAGCAGGUCCUAACCCUCGGGGCCCUCACAUCAGGCCUAACAGCAGCAGUCCCAGCCCCUCGCAGCUUGUCAGUAGCCUCCCAGUUCAAGCACAGGUGGCUCGCAGUGAACUCAAUGUUCGUCUACCAAGAGGUUUUGAGCGUCGGCCCCUGAAGCACCCAUCCAGCGUCGAGGGAACUGAGAGGGACAGUGGCCCCCCAAAGCCCCUACGCACAAGCACAGUCCCUGCUUUAGUGCCAAAGCCACCCGCCUACCCCCUGGUUAAGCUGGUGGGCAAGUUCUACACCCUGAAGUGCCGAUUCUGCGAGGUGGAGUUCCACGGUCCGCUCUCGGUGCAAGAGGACUGGAUCAGGCACCUCCAGCAACACAUUCUCAAGAUGAACUACAGCAUGCCUGUUGAAUCCAAAGCAGCCUGUGCUGAAGUUGCGGCCGAUAAUCCGGCCCCAGUCCACCAGGGCUCCGCCGCCAGCACCUCCUCAACGACCUCCCUCGCCCCCACCAUGACUUGCUCCCUCGCUGCCAACAGCCACUCACCUGAGCCUCCAGCAGAACUUGCUCCUUGUGUCACUGAGAUAGUCAAGAUCUCAGAGGAAUUGCUCACCCCAGCUCCCAUUCCCCUCCCUGCCCAGGUCGUGUAAGAUCAUCUCUCACUACCUUGUUCCCCUUCCCCUCUUCUUUUAUUAUUUUACUGCCUUUUCAGUUUCUUUUAGUCCAUCUGUCUGUUUCCUUUGGAGGGAACACUCUCCUUCAACAUUUGGUGAAGGCCAAAGAGCCCUCUGAGCCACGAGCACCUUUUGAAGCAGCUUUUUAGACUGUUACAAAGUCUUGUUACCAUGGGAACGAAACUCUCCUGGCUUAAGGGCGAUUUGCAGCCAAGGUUGUACGGCGAGAUGAACUACUGUUAUGCCUUGUUUAUAUCGAAUGUCCAGGUGUUGACGUGGACCAUUGCUGUACCCCAGAACCCAUUUAUCGGGUGGCUUAAGAGUUUAAUGCACCUCUUAUCACGCUCCGGCUCUCUUAUUCUUAUACACUUUGUGCCACCUGGAUGGUCAGAACCAUUUCUACCAGCACACUCUCACAGAGAGCGUGCUGGCAGCACUGGUCUCACUCAAAGAUCCUGACUGAAACUAGAGAGAGAUUUCUUAAUCCAGUGAGUCUUGCAAUGGAGACUUUAAACACACCUUAACACUUAGUGUUAAAACAGACAUGGCACUUUUGACAUUGACACUGAGCACUUAUGAAAAUAAUUUGAUCGGGUGAAAUUGUGAAUAAUGUAUCUUUGUUUAAAGGAGCAAGAAGUGGAAGCACACCCAAAAAGGGAAAUCAACUCAAUAUAAUACGGACCCCAAAAUAUAGAUUUUGCUUGAAUGUAGCAUAAAGCACUUGUCCAUACCUUUGUUUUAUAUACACAAAUUUAUUACUCAAAAAUAUGUCCCAUGUUAUACCACUGAUAUUCCACUGCUGCUGUGCAGAUCUUUUUCAUUAUGCCCCUAUAGAUUUGGGGGCCUUAUAAAAAACUAUCCAUUACAUAUUGGUUACACAUUUUUAAAGUUAACCCUUCAUUCACAGUGUUAGCGUCUUCUUAUUGCCUUUUUUAAUAUAACCCAAAUAAUUAUUUAUUUAUUAUGCGCCUGAAUGUGGCAAACUAGCUCAUUGUAAAAGCUUAAGUAGAAUUUUAGAUUGUUUGGUAAACUGUACACAUUUACACGAGUGCAGUGUGUUUGUGUGUGUGUGUGUGUGUGUGUGUGUGUGUGCGUGCGCGUGCGCGCGUGUGCGCGUGCUUGUGUGUGUAUUCAUACACUGACCAGCCACAAUGUUAGGUACAGUACACCUGCACAAUCUACUGAGAUCCAAGACAAAAAGACAAAAGCCUUAUUGUAGCCUAAUUGUAAUAAUGCUCUAUUUUGAAUGACACACUAUAAUUUGUAUUAAUGUGGUUGUAGAUUGAAGUGUUGUCAAACUACAUUUGCUGAUGAGCUGUGUCUAAUAUUUUGAAUCUCAUUUACUGUAGCUAACCAAGAUAGCCCGAAUAUUAGGGACAGCUCUCAGUAUGAUGCAGUACAGUUGUUAAUAACAGCAAACUACGGUGGCAAUGAUGUGUGUGUGUGUGUGUACACACAUAUAUAUAUAUAUAUAUAUAUAUAUAUAUAUAUAUAUAUAUAUAUAUAUAUAUAUACACACACACACACAUAUAUGCGGUACGGAAGAUGAAUGAAUGAAUGAAUAUAUAUAUAAACACACA